AUGGCCGCCCAGGAAGCCGGCGAGCUGAGCCUGACUGUCCUCUACUCGAAGGCUGCCGGCACUCAGCAGCUGUCAGUUUCGGCGGACAUCACCGGUGAGGCACUGAAGGAGAGGCUUCGUGAAGCCUUGGGCCUGGAUGCAGAGGUGACUUUGGCGCUGAGCUUCCAAAACGGGUCACGGAACUCCGUGAAGAAAGUCUUGGAGGCACAGCAAAGCCUUGGCGAACAGGGCGUCGAAGACGGCGCUUCGGUGACAGUUAAGGCUGACGCCGUGGAGGUUCGGCCGGAGAACUCCUUCCUUCGGGAGUCUAUUCGCAACAACGGUGGCAACAGCUACUACUAUGCGCACGCCAACGAAAAGGAGCUUCCACCGGAGCUCCGCUAUGUCUAUGGGGGCGAGCCCAUCAAGCUUGAGUCCCAAAAUGCGGACUCAGGUGAUGCCAUUAAGGCAUCUGCUGCCAGGCCCCUGACAAAGUAUUCCUGGGCCGACGAGGGGGACUUUGUCUGCAUCUACGUCUCGGCCGAGGGCGAGCCUGAGGCUAUAGAGGCAGCCACUCGUGGAGAAGUGAAGGUCAAUUUUGAUGUGCGUUCUGUUGAAGUCCGGGUAUGUGACGGCACGAAGGAGUUCGCUCUCAGCCUCAAGCAGCUGGAGGGCGAAAUUGUCCCGGAGGAGUCCAAGCACCGCGUGAGCGCAGGGAAGAGGACCAUGGCCCUCGAGACGAGAGUUACAGCACGGCACCUGGACGAGGCUGCUGAGGCCGAAAUGAGCUGCAUCGAGCCUGACCUCUGUGGGAGGACAGCUUACCAGAGACGCAACUCACCUCUUACCAUCUUCAGAUCGGGCUCGUUGGAUGCCAUGGGACUCCCGCCACAAGACAAGGCUGUGCCCCUGUCGGCUGAGCCCGGCUUCCUGGAAAGUGCACGUGGCAUGCUUUCAGCUGUGUGCGAAGAUGCUCGUGACGCGGAUGGCCCGGCAAUGUGGAUGUCUGGCUGGCUGGUGCCGCGGCAUUUCUUUGCCACACCUACUUACAAUCACGUUGAUUCAUCCACGCAUGAUGUCUUGAUUGGUGGCAUGGAACAGGGUAUUUGCGGUCUUCUGCCCGUCGCUUUCGUGCUGGGCUGCCUCUACAUGACAAGGAAGCAGCCGAGAAGAGGAGGCUGCAGAGCGGUCCUCGAGGGCGUACAGGUGUCGCUGCUCCUGGUGAUCGCGGGAUCCUUUCCAUUCAGCUGUGCAGACGCCGUAGGAGGCAACCUCUCCUGUGCCUCAGCAGCCGUGAUCGAGCUCGGCUCUGGUUCAGAGCUUCUGAGCACAGGCUUGGGCGCGCCCGGCUCCGUGCUGCUUCGCUUACAGGCACACUUCGUUGUCCUAGCACUGGUCUUCGCUUGGUGGUCCGCGACGAGCCCGCUUUGGCCAGGGCUUUCUGACGGCCUGUGCCAUAUGGAUCCGUUGCUCCGGGAUUCGGAUGUUGUGCAGUGA